UAUAAUUAUCUGUGUUAAAUUCAGUCGGUGUCUAGAUUCGUGAGUAAAAGGAAAUCCAUUCAUUGGUGUGCGUUAUCAUACUGUACGUAAAUAAAUUUUAUUCUCUGACUCAUAAAUUCGGGAUAGGCUUUUUUAAAAAAAAAAUGUCUAAAAACAUUGUGUUCGAGGGUUGGCUUACGAAAUCACCACCUUCGAAACGUAUUUGGAGAACUAAAUGGCGGAGAAGGUGGUUUGCCUUGCGACAGUCGGGUGAGCUCCCAGGGCAAUAUUUCCUAGAUUAUUAUGCCGACCGUAAUUGCAGACGGCUCAAGGGUACGAUCAACUUAGAUUUCUGUGAGCAGGUGGAUGCUGGAUUGCAUAUGGAACGUACAAAUCAAGGAGCACCAGACCCAAAGCUACGUGGCUCUGUAUUCACAAUUCAAACGCAAACACGAACAUACCAUCUUGAAGCUGAUUGUGAAUCCGAAAUGGAAAAAUGGGUCGAUGCAAUCUGUAGUGUAUGUGGUUUACGUGCAACUGAUGAAAUGCCAAGUUUCUCUGGCAUAUACCAAAACCAUGCAGUGGCUGUAGACAAUCACCCGCAUGCAAGGUCAAGAAGUAAUUCAAAUUUUGCAACACCCGCUGUUAAUGGUCAGGCUAGCUCAUCACCUGCUGUAAAUAAUGUUCACUACAGUGCCGUAGCCACGAAUGACCAACAUAAUUCCUUGGUAUCUAAUGAUCAAGAAAUUGCCAUUGCCCUCGCAAAUGAUCAAUAUGAUUGUGGUGAAAGCACUGGACCAUAUAUACCAAUAUCGGAAUGCAUUACAGGUGUUCGGGCUCCGGAUACUCAAAGAGCAUUCACAUUUGAUCCUAAAAAUAUUGUAACCAGCACAAAGACCUUUGAUAAGUCUGACGCUAGCAACAAAUUCAAAACAUAUUCGUAUCACGGCACACCUCAGAUACGCAUUAACAAUGUUGCAGUUGAAUCGGAAAACGAUUCUAACAGUGAGGACGAAUGUAGAUCACUGAACGCUAGUCAAUAUAACAUAGGAGAGGUAACGGUGGCGAAAAGUUUCACAAGGUUGAACAUAAAUUCACAACGCAAUAAUGGAACUGGUGAUGAUGGACCGCCGGUACCUCCGCGUCCACCGAAAACGUUCUCAUUGAACAAAGAUUUAGCGCAUCGUGAAUCUUUCCAUGGACCGAAAGUUCAAGAACCAAUCGAAUUUCAAGAAAAUACUUCUCCAUUCCCCUGGAUUUGCUUGCCACGUCAAACGCACCACAACACGGCGCCGUCGUCUCCCGGCCGUUCCGUCAUCAGCCACUGCGUCCGGACCACGGAUGAUGAAGAUGAUGCCGCUAUGGGACAUUCAAUGCAGUACUGUAAUCUUUCGACGCUACCGCCGGCUGUCGAUAGGGCGUUAAAACCUCGUCAUUCAAGUCACAGCAUCGGCAAUAUGUACAACUUCUCUGGAUUGGGAAUAUGUGACGAAUCGAAACCGGACGUAUUGCAGUAUUUAGAUCUCGAUCUUCAUACGUCUACACCUCCUUCGUCUAAUUCGCAAGACUUCAAGAAAUUAAGCAUUAUACACGGAAAAUCGCAUUCCUCUGCUGAUGCGGAUUCUGCGUAUAAAACCGUGGACUUCUUGAAGACAGAGGCGUUCAACAUCACACGUCAGGAUGCUGAAGCUUCUCGGAGCGUGCAACAAUGAUUGAGCCCUGACAUGGGUAGGAUCUAUAAACUAGUGAUAAACCCUAAUGACUUGUUCAUACGUUAAGAGAUGGACGCUCUCUGACUAUGAGACGAACUCUUGGACUUGUGUUGUGUAAAUAUAGGAUAUGACCGAACGCGAGGAAACGAUCGCAACUGUAAGUUUUAUGUUUUAUUAUACCGACGAGAUACCUUAAAGUAUUAUUUUACAUGUGUGUAAAUGUUUAUCGACAUGCAUAGUUUAGGACAGCACUAAUUGCGUUUUGUCCAUUAUGAUAUUCAAAGAUCGAGAAUCUGGUCGACUUUAUUUUAC